GACAGGUCGAACCCUCCUCAAGAAGCCUCCCCAGAAAGGAAGCUUCCCCACCGCGGAGCAGCUAGACGUGCGGGCCGUCUCAGCUGUCCACUGGGAGUCGCCAACACCCUCGCUCGGGUCCCAGGGCCGCAAUCACUCCUGGAGACCUCCAGCGCUUCUUUCAGAGCCACACGCAGGGCAAGUGGUGCCACCGCGCGCUAACCUGGCGCGGCCGUGACGUCAGGCUUGUGCUAGAUUGGCAAUUGGCUGGAGGCAUGUGGCGCGGACGGACACUGGCGCGAGCGAUUGGAUAUGCUGUUAGAGGGCGGGGCCUGGAGGCGGAGCAUGCUGCGGAGAGGAUUGAAGUACAGCUCUCCGCACAGCUUCUCAGCACCUGCAGCCGGAAUCUCUGUGUUCUAGGUCAGAUCAGACAUUCUGUCACAAUGCCUGAAAUAAAUACCAGCCAUCUUGAUGAAAAACAGGUUCAGCUUCUAGCGGAGAUGUGUAUUCUUAUUGAUGAAAAUGACAAUAAAAUUGGGGCUGACACCAAGAAAAACUGUCACCUUAAUGAAAACAUCGACAAAGGAUUAUUACAUCGAGCUUUUAGUGUCUUCUUGUUUAAUACUGAAAAUAAGCUCCUGUUACAGCAGAGAUCAGAUGCUAAAAUUACCUUUCCAGGUUGUUUCACCAAUAGUUGCUGUAGUCAUCCAUUAAGUAACCCAGGCGAGCUGGAAGAGAACAACGCCAUUGGUGUGAAGCGAGCAGCAAAGCGGCGCUUGAAAGCCGAGUUGGGAAUACCCUUGGAAGAGGUUGAUCUAAAUGAAAUGGAUUAUCUAACAAGAAUUUACUACAAGGCCCAAUCUGAUGGUAUCUGGGGUGAACAUGAAGUUGAUUACAUUCUGUUUCUGAGGAAGAAUGUAACCUUGAAUCCAGAUCCCAACGAGAUUAAAAGCUAUUGCUAUGUAUCAAAGGAAGAAGUCAGAGAAAUUUUGAAGAAGGCAGCCAGUGGUGAAAUUAAGUUAACUCCGUGGUUUAAGAUAAUUGCAGAUACUUUCCUCUUCAAAUGGUGGGAUAACUUAAACCAUUUGAGUCCAUUUGUUGACCAUGAGAAAAUACAUAGAUUGUGAAUGUGUAAAUGAUUUGAAAAAUUUUCUACCUGGUAAGAAUGGUUUGGUUUGGUUUUAAAUUGGGCCCUCUUAUAUGAUACAUAGGUAUUUUACAACCAGAAUUUGUUUUGAGAAAAGAAAAACUCAACUAGCUUACAGUUUUAUAUCAUAUAUCCCAUAUAUAUGCACUGAUGUCUGUAAAAGAUAUUUAGGUGAGGUUAUUGCAAAAUUAUGCCAUAAGUAAAACUUAAUUUAGCCUGUCCAAAUACCUGGCUAUGACAAGAUUGAGGAAGUAACUAGAACUCAUAUUUUACAUUUGAUAGACACUUUCAGAACUCUUUGCUAAUUGUCAAGUGUUGUUUAUAUCUUUAGAUUUUUAUCAUACAUCAGAAAAUUGAGCAGCUGCUUUGAAACAGCACUAAGAGGUUAAAUGGGCAGGGCUCAGGAGACAGCUCAGUGUACCAUGAUUGCCUUGCAGGCAUGAUGUCAUGGGUUGUUGAGUCCCUAACCCUAAAGAUAAUUGUAACAACAGCAGCAACAGGCAGAGCAGGUUCAGAGGGAAGUAUAUGGCGCUCUCUCUCUCUCUCUCUCUCUCUCUCUCUCUCUCUCUCUCGGUCUUCAGACAGGAUGAUUAAUCUCAGGAACCCUGUAUAACCAAUACUGGAUGCUCAAGUCGAUAGAAGGUAUCGUAUUUGCAUAUUACUGACUACACUUCACCUCGUCUCUGGCGUGGCCAUGACACUCAACCCAGCGUAAAUGCUCCUGUAAAUGAUAGUUGUACUAUGCUUUAUGAUAAGGAGACGUCUGCAUGUGCGGCACAGAUCAAAUAUUAAUAGACAGUUGCUUGAGCCCUUGGAUGUUUGGCCCACAGAUUUAAAAGGCCAGUUCUGUAUACUAAUUUUUGUCAUUCUCACUUGAUUUUGUGCUUUAACCAUCCUGAAAUUAUUAUUUUACUACUUAAAGGUAACUGUUACUUUUGGUAGUAAUGGUAACUGAUUAGCUAUUCAGCAAAAUCUGUUUAUAGUCCUAGUGAAAAAGAUGGUUAGUCAUAAUGUGUGAGUGAGUUCUACUUUAAAAAGUUGAGAAAACCUUUGACUCUACCAUGGCUGGCCCUGGAUCCUCUUGUUGUAGGGGGUCUGGCUUGAGUUAGAUAAUUUAGUAGCAUUAGCACCCCUUUUUAAGACAACAACAACAAAAGAAAAUCUAGGGAAGAGUGGGGGCGUGUUUCUUUCUCUGUGUAGCUCUGGCUAUUCUAGAACUCAAUUUGUAGACUAGGCUAGCCUCAAAACCCAGAGAUCCACCUUCCUCUGACUCCCAGGUACUGGGAUUAAAGGAGUGUACCACAUGGCCAGCAACAACCAGAAUUUGAAUGGGUGAUAAUCAAGAGUCCCGUAACGGGCUCGCUGUUCUAUGAUCAGGGCUUAUUUUAGAGGUGGAAGUGGGAAGGAGUAGGGCUGAGGAAACAUACAGUGACUAGACUGAUGUCCCAGAAUAGGCAUAUAUUAAGAUUUUGAGGUUAUAGAAUAGGCAUAUAUUGAUACUGUGUUUUGAUUGAUGUUCUUUUAAAACUUGCCACAGGUGUGUCACAUUUGAGCUCUUUAGACAGCUUUAUUCUUAAGUGCUGCAUAAUGGAUACAUUUUUUCUUAUAAAAAUUUUAUAAACCUAAUUUCUUGCUAACUCUGAACAGUUGAUUUAUCAUUGGGGAUAUGACUAUGUUGCAAGAAUUUAUUGAAAAUUAAAAAUAAAUUAUUUUAAUAUUGUCUGGCUUGUUAAUAUCUGGA